GUCAAUUAAUACCUAGGGUUUUAUAUAUUUAGGCACCUUCUCUAUCGUCUCCUCUUCUCUUUUAUCGCUGAACAAAGCGGGGAGAGUUGUCUUAGGACUUAGGAGGCGGAGAAACUACUCGAUCUUCAGCAAUGGUUUUUAUCAAAGCACAGAAACCCAGAGCUUACUUCAAGAGGUUUCAAGUUAAAUUCAAGCGAAGGAGAGAGGGAAAGACCGAUUACAGAGCCAGAAUCCGUCUUAUUAACCAGGACAAGAACAAGUACAACACCCCUAAGUACCGUUUUGUUGUUCGUUUCACCAACAAAGACAUUAUUGCCCAGAUCAUUUCUGCUACCAUUACUGGUGAUUUGGUAAUGUGUGCAGCUUAUGCCCAUGAAUUGCCCCGAUAUGGUCUUGAAGUUGGUCUCACCAACUAUGCUGCAGCUUACUGUACUGGUCUUCUAUUGGCUCGUCGUGUGUUGAAAAAACUUGAGAUGGAUGCCGAGUAUGAAGGCAAUGUUGAGGCAACUGGUGAAGACUACUCUGUUGAACCCGGUGAAAGCCGAAGGCCCUUCCGUGCUCUUCUUGAUGUUGGUCUUCUGCGAACAACUACCGGAAACCGUAUCUUUGGUGCUCUUAAGGGAGCUUUGGAUGGUGGUCUUGACAUUCCUCACAGUGACAAAAGGUUUGCUGGUUUCCAAAAGGGUGAAGGAAAGAAAGAUGCUGCAUUGGACCCUGAGAUCCACAGAAAGUACAUCUUUGGUGGGCAUGUUGGUACAUACAUGAGGACCCUAAUGGAGGAUGAGCCUGAAAAGUUCCAAACUCAUUUCUCCGAGUAUGCGAAGAGAAACAUCGACGCUGAUGGUCUUGAAGCUCUUUACAAGAAAGUGCAUGCAGCUAUCCGUGCUGAUCCUACUGCAAAGAAAACUGAGAAGGCAGCUCCCAAGGCCCACAAGAGGUACAACUUGAAGAAGCUGACAUAUGAUGAGAGGAAGAACAAGUUGAUUGAGAGAUUGAAUGCCCUCAACUCAGCAGCAGGAGCAGAUGACGAUGAUGACGAGGAUGAGGAUGACGAGUGAACUGUGUCUCACCCCAAGUAGAAUUAAAACCAAGAAAUUUUGGAUGUUCAUCUUCGCCUCGUUUUCGUUAUACUCUUAUCCAUUUACAAAUUAUUUAGCUUUGUUUGUCUUGAAUCUUAAAGGUUAUAGACCUUGUUAGGCUUUUUGGAUGUUACAAGUGGAGAAUCAAAUGUUACUCGUUUUUGUACUAGUAACUUAUUCUGGCAUUUUAGUUUUUAAAUUUUUUUAACCUUUUCUGCCA